GCAGGAUUCUCCUGCAAGUCACAGACAAUCUGCACUGAACACUGAAGGAGCUGCAGUUGUUCUGCUGACUACACAGUCCAGCUGGCCCCCCCUAAAAAACAGAGAAGAGCCCUGCAAACUUGUUCCAAAACUUGGACCAGGUGCAAUGUGUCACUGAUGGGUACCAGCCCCUGGAUCCUGCCAGCCAUGCCAAGGUGCGGAUGUGCCUGCGACUACCUGAAUCUCCCACUUGGCUUCUGAUUUCGAUUAGAUCUCAGCUGUUUGGACAAAUGCAGACAAAUGCAUUUAGGAGCUCAAAGGACAAGGAGUGGAUACAUCUCUCCCAUAGCAAAAACGAUAAGGCUCCUAGUCGUAGUCGCAGUAUGCACAGCUGUCGGUGUGGCAGAGAGGCGAGCACAAGACAUACACACAUCUCAUCAGUUAGGUCGUGGAGAGAAGCAGCCUCUACUAUUGUCAUCAGUGACUACCAAACCAUGGACAUCUGCUGCCGAAGACCGCAGAGUAGAGUUAGCAGAACCAGGGGUAGUUCUGACCAGAGACACAGUCAUCGAAUAUCCACUAGGAAAUAACACUCUCUCCAAAUUGGGACUUCCAUUUUACCUGUUGAUCAGUCUACGUUCAGACAAAGCCAACAAUGCUUUCCUUUUCAGUAUUAGAAAUAAAAAUAGGAUAUUCUUUGGUGUACAGUUGCUGCCAAGGAAGGUAGUGGUACACACAAGUGGCAAACAGUCAGUGUCUUUCAAUUACACAGUGCAGGAUGGACAGUGGCACAGCUUUGCUAUUGGUGUUGGACACAAGUCUAUUUCUUUGUUCGCAGAAUGUGGAGAGAAAUACUUUAACAAAGAAGCUGUAUUCAACAUACAGACACUAGCUCCCGGUAGUAUAUUUACUUUGGGGAGAAUGACUCUUCAUUCUGUUCAAUUUGAAGGAGUGAUAUGUCAACUGGAGAUUAUUCCUUCAGCAGAAGCUUCUGCAAAUUAUUGUCUCUACGUGCGGAAGCAUUGUCUUCACACCGAUACUUACCGAGACUCUGGAGACUCUAGAACAGAACAAUUGGUUCACCCAUCUACACAAGUGCAGACUAAGAAACAUGUAGAGGACAGUACCCAAAAACAGUCUAUAUUAGACAUAGCCAAAGAACCAGAUUUAUUAACAUCUAAAACCUCCUUCGCUCAGCUGUCCCCAAAACUCAAAAAUGUCAGUUCUGCCCAGAAAGAAACAUCUCGUGUCGAGGUUACUCAACGUCCAGAAACAAAUAUCAAAUCAACAGACCAUCGUGAUUCAGCUGGUAACAUUACCGGACAUGGGUAUAUAUCGCCAACAUUGGCUUAUGAAACAAUGUGGUCAAAGAACAACACCAUGGAUAAGAAAUAUACGAAAGAGCAAAAGGAUGGAAAGGGGGGUAUCCAACGGAUCUUCAACAGGACGCUGUAUCAGGCCAGUAGUGACACGUAUAGCCAACUUGACCUUAUGGAUGACCCUGAUGAGAAUGGUAACUAUGGAACGGAGAUUGACUAUGGACCGGAAAAUUACUAUGGAACAGAAAUUGACUAUGGAACGGAAAAUAACUAUGGAACGGAAAAUAAUUAUGGAACUGAAAACAACUAUGAAGUCAACAUGGAGAACUACGACUAUGACUACGAGGAGAUGAACAUGCUUUUUGAAAUGGAGGGUUUGCUUGGAGAUAAAGGAGAUCCUGGACCUCCAGGUCCUCCAGGUCCUCCCGGUUUACCAGGUCCCCCAGGGAAAAGAGGUCCAAGGGGGAUCAUUGGACCCCAUGGCAAUCCUGGAUUACCUGGCCCACCUGGACCAAAAGGCCCAAAAGGAGAUCCAGGAUUGUCACCGGGGCAAGCACCACCUGGCCCAAAGGGAGAUCCUGGACCAAUAGGUUUAAUGGGAGAUCGUGGACCAGCGGGUCAAAAGGGCCCAAAAGGUUAUCCCGGACCACUAGGUCUGCCAGGAGAGAAGGGAAUUCCUGGGCUGGAUGGCAACGCAGGGGCACCGGGUUUCCCUGGCAGGCAGGGUUUAGCAGGACCAGAAGGAAUCCCAGGCCCUAAAGGGAUUAGAGGCUUUAUCGGAAUACCUGGGUUGCCGGGACCUCCCGGACCUGAAGGAGAACGAGGUAUGCCAGGACCAGCUGGAAAGAAAGGACCCAAAGGCGGGCCGGGUUUUCCUGGAGACUUUGGAGAGAAGGGUCCUCCCGGUCCAGAUGGAAGUCCAGGAACAGUUGGUAGCACUGGGCCUCCUGGCUUUCCCGGCUUGAGAGGAGAAGUGGGGCCCGCAGGACCAUCCGGGCCGCCUGGGAUCCCUGGUCCUCAGGGCAUUCCAGGAAUUAUGGGGCAACCUGGACUGAAAGGUGAUAAGGGUGAAGUCGGAUUCUCAGGGGAACCGGGCGAGACGGGCUAUCCGGGAGAUAAGGGUGCCAUGGGUUUGCCAGGACCUCCUGGAUUGAAAGGAAAACCAGGACCCCCGGGAAAGAUUGGAGAUCGGGGACCACAGGGAUUGCCGGGCCCCCCUGGGCCAGAGGGGUUUCCAGGAGACAUUGGCUUGCCAGGGUUAAAUGGACCUGAAGGACCAAAGGGUCUUAUUGGAGACAGAGGACCUCCGGGUCCCCAAGGUCCAAAAGGUGCAGAGGGAGAAGAAGGACCUCUAGGACCUCCUGGCGGUCUUGGACCAGUUGGAAGACCGGGACGUAAAGGCUAUGCUGGAGAACCGGGACCAGAAGGCUUAAAGGGUGAAGUUGGGAAUAUAGGAAACAUCGGAAAAAUUGGCGAACCGGGACCAGAGGGGUUGCCAGGAGAACCUGGGCCGCCUGGAGAUGCUGGAGAAAAGGGAGAACGUGGUAAUACUGGUCCUGAAGGGCCUUCUGGUGAAAAGGGAUCACAGGGAUAUCCUGGACUGCCUGGUAUACCUGGACCAGUUGGCCCACCAGGAUUAGCGGGUCCUGCUGGGCAAAGGGGACAACCAGGAAUACAAGGUCCAAAAGGUCAAAGUGGUCCACGAGGUCCUGACGGUCCACCAGGAGAUCAGGGCAGCCCAGGGUUAAAGGGUGAAAGAGGUGAUCCUGGGAAAAAGGGACCUCCUGGGCGUAUUGGAAAGGUGGGAAAUCCUGGAGAACGAGGAGAACAAGGAAAACCUGGCACAGCUGGUCCAUCGGGAAGUAACGGAGACGUGGGUCCUCCUGGAGAAACAGGUCCGAGGGGACCGCAAGGAGACGCAGGCCCACCUGGAGAAACAGGCCCAGAGGGAACGCCCGGAACUGAAGGAAGUGCUGGUGCUCAAGGAGAUCCUGGCAUAAAGGGAGAUCUUGGAAAUAUCGGUAACACAGGGGAACCAGGAGAACCGGGCAUCAGGGGAGGACCAGGUCCUGCAGGUGAAGAUGGUGUUCAAGGAAAAGAUGGCCCAAAGGGCGAACCUGGUGACCACGGUCUUCAAGGAGAGCAUGGAGAAAAGGGAGAAGCAGGAAUACCCGGCAUCCAGGGACCUGUUGGAGAACCUGCCAGAAUGGGAUUACCGGGACCAGAAGGAAAGCAAGGAAAUCCAGGUCCAAGGGGUCGUCCUGGCAGAAAGGGAGAAAAAGGUCACAUGGGGCCAGUCGGAGAGCCUGGAAGUAUAGGUGACAGCGGAAAGUCCGGAGAAUCGGGACCGAAAGGAUCUCGGGGCACAAGAGGGCCACUGGGGCAUUUAGGAGCCAUGGGACCAGAAGGAGAGCCUGGAAUUCCAGGAUAUGGGGGUCAUCAAGGCCAGACAGGACCCCCAGGACCACCUGGGCCUAAAGGAGAAAAGGGUUAUCCUGGAGAAGACAAUACUGUAAUGGGACCACAGGGAUCCCCAGGUGAACCAGGUCCUCACGGAGAACGUGGAGACAGGGGCGAACCUGGAGAUGAAGGCUAUAAGGGCAUAGUUGGUAUAGUUGGACCAAGGGGCGCCAUCGGACAGCAAGGACCACCAGGGGAACCCGGUGAGAGAGGCGAUCAGGGGCAGAAAGGAGAGCGAGGAACCAUGGGCGCAAAGGGAAAGAAAGGAAUGAGAGGAGCGACUGGAAAACCGGGCAUUCCUGGAAAACAAGGUCCACUAGGAUUAAGAGGUGCGAAUGGGUACCCUGGGUCUGAUUCUGUUGUUGGACUUCCUGGAAAACCUGGAUUGCCUGGAAAACCUGGGUUACAUGGUGAAAGUGGCAGUCCGGGUCUCACUGGAUUGGCUGGUUUACCUGGUCGUUCUGGGCCGAAGGGUUCUCCUGGCCCUCAAGGAAGCGAUGGAGCACCAGGACCUAAGGGGGAGACAGGACUACGUGGUUACCCGGGAAAAGCAGGUGCAAGGGGUUUACCUGGAGCUCAAGGUGAUCAAGGACCAAAGGGUGAAAGUGGCCUAAAGGGGCUUCCGGGAGAAGAAGGUGAUCAAGGUCUAAUGGGUUUCCAAGGGUUUCCUGGCCCAAAGGGUCCAUCUGGUGACAUUGGUCUAGUGGGUAUCGUCGGUCCCAAAGGUCCAUCUGGUCAUGGUGGAAACCGUGGUCCUGUAGGUCCUGAUGGAAUAAUCGGCCCCACAGGAAAUCUGGGAAUUCGGGGUGAAAAAGGAUCAAAAGGUGAAAUGGGACCUCAGGGACCCCAAGGAAACCCAGGUCCACCUGGUCCACGCGGUGCGCCAGGACCAACAAAAAUAUUGGACAUGAACUCAGCUGUUCAGGCCCUCAUGGAGUCGCACGCAGCUUUGCAGAUGGAGAGCUACCAAAAUACUGAAGUAGCCAUACUAGAUUUUAGCACGGAGGUCUUUAAAACACUCCAUUACCUUACGGAUUUAAUGCACAGUAUAAAGAACCCCCCUGGAACCCGGGACAACCCAGCUCGGAUUUGUCGAGACCUUCUCCACUGCGAACGGAAAGUGUCAGACGGAAAAUAUUGGAUAGACCCUAAUCUUGGAUGUCCAUCAGAUGCUAUUGAAGUAUUCUGCAAUUUUACAGCAGGGGGACAGACAUGCCUAUCGCCUGUCACUGUGACAAAGCUGGAGUUUGGUGUUGGCAAAGUGCAGAUGAAUUUUCUCCAUCUGCUAAGCUCUGAGGCCGUUCACACCAUCACUAUCCACUGUCUGAACACGCCGGUCAUAGGGACAGAAGUCGGUGGAGAGACGUCUCUUACCUUCAAGGGAUGGAAUGGCCACAAAUUUGAAGGAAAUAAAUUACUUGAAAGAAACGUGCUCCUGGAUGAAUGCAAGGUACAGGACGGCAGCUGGCACAAGACAAAAUUCAAGUUUCAUACCCUAGAGACGAACCAACUUCCGAUCGUCGACAUCUCCAAGUUCACCCCCCUCCAGAAAGGACAGCAUUAUUUGGAGAACGGUCCAGUCUGCUUCCUCUGAUCUAAAGUGGACAAACAAGGGACAGCUGCUAUAAGUGCAAGUCUCUUUUUCGAUAAAAAGAGCAUAUAAGGGAAGGUAGCAGUGUCGCCACUGCGUGACUAUUACAGACCAUUGUGUGGUGGGCAAUCUUCUAAAGAAGCCGAGAAGAGACUUCCUCCUAAGAAGGACAUAUUUCACAGGAGAUAAAGAACUUUGAUAUCGAUAGAGUAUUUAAGUUGUUUUUUUUUUUUUUUUUUUUUUUUAUUAUUAAUCUUUUUUUUUUCUUUUUUUUUUUU